AACAUCAGUGCCUGUCUCUCUGAAUCCUUCCCUGCCCCGUGCAGAGUCGGCGGCUGGGGAGAAAGCGACGCCAGUGUGAGGUUCCCAGCCGAUGGGCAGCCCCUGGACUCGCUGAGGGGCCGGGCUUCGAGUGGCCGAGAAAAUGAUGCAUCCAGUUGCCAGCAGUAAUCCAGCGUUCUGUGGGCCUGGCAAGCCUUCCUGCCUCAAUGAAGAUGCCAUGAGAGCUGCUGAUCAGUUUGACAUAUAUUCCUCCCAGCAAAGCAAAUACAGCCACACUGUCAGCCACAAACCAAUGGUUUGUCAGAGGCAAGACCCAUUAAAUGAAACACACUUGCAGCCUACAAGUGGCAGAAGCAUAGAGAUAAAAGAUGAACUAAAGAAAAAGAAAAAUCUUAACCGAUCUGGUAAGCGUGGCCGGCCUUCAGGAACCACCAAAUCAGCAGGAUACCGGACCAGCACAGGCAGACCCCUGGGAACUACCAAAGCGGCUGGAUUUAAGACAAGUCCAGGCAGACCCUUGGGUACAACUAAAGCUGCGGGAUACAAAGUCAGCCCAGGGAGACCUCCAGGUAGCAUUAAAGCUCUAUCCCGUCUUGCCGAUCUUGGUUAUGGCUGUGGCACUGCUGCUUUUCCUUAUCCAAUGAUGCAUGGCAGAGCAGUUCAUGGGGUAGAGGAAACCAGCAGCGAAGUCAAGCCACCCAAUGAAUGAAUGAGGCAGGAGAGGAGGGCCACAUUUAGGAGAUUGUGAAUAAUCCCAAAGCUUCAUGGUUUUAUUUUGUCAUAUAAUUUUAUAUUCUGGACUUUCUAAAUUUCUUUUUCUGUUGGAUUUUUUCCCCCUGCUUUUGCUCAGAAGCUGCCAUAUGCUGGCUGACAGAUCCAUUCAGGGCAUAGCAGUGGCACUGUAUUUGUACAUAGGUUUAAGCAUAACACCUAUCAUUUUUUGUCUUUCUUUUAGGGUUAUGAUUAUGUCUUCUGUUUUAUUACUACUUUUGGGCCAUUCUAAUAGAUGCUUUAUAUGCUAAACAACUGAAACCAUUAUAUACCUAUAUUAGUUUGUGAAGUAAGCCUACAAUAUAAUAAAGAUAGUAUAUAAGGUAUUUUAACUGGUGGAGCAAAAAAAGCAAACUAAUAAUUCAGGAUUACUUGAGGUAAUGGCUGUGUGAGUUUUUGUAACAUUUUCAUGAGAGUACACAGCUGUUUGUAUGCUUUGGAAUUUACAUAGAUUUCAGAUGUUAAAAACUUAUUUUUAAUGUUCUGAGUUUAAGCAGCUUCUUAUUUAUUGAUCUACAUGGCAUUAAUUGAUUUAACCAUUAUUCAUAAAAGAAUUCUUUAGUGUUUGCCUCUUAGCAGUGUUAGGUUAUGUAUUUUUAAUUGCCUAAGAGCAUAUAUACCAAACACUACAAACAAUUCAUAUUUACAAAAAAUUUAAACUAUUUUAUAAAAACUACACAUUACAUUUUUGGUGAAAUACAAUGCAUUCUGAGAAUAGCAUUUUUAAUAUAAUAGAAAAAAAACUUUCUUAAGGUCUGCAUGUAGUUAUAGUCACUAUAUUUUGAUUUUCAUAUACUUGGUGGAUUUUAAAGUAUUAUGUUUAAAAACAUAUUAGUAGUGCUCAUUUCUUCGGAAUUUUCUUAGUUUUUCUGAGAAGUUGUCCCAUUGCAUAGCACUUACUAUGUUUUCAGGUUUAUAUUUACCAAAGGGCACAAUUUGAGUGGUAGACUGUAAAAUGGUAUUAACAGAAUGAAGUUUCCUGACUGUCAGAACCCAAAUAUUAAGAAAUAUAGAAAUCCAUCUAUGCAUGAAACAUGUAAAAGAAAAUUGUUGCUUAGUCUAAUUAAAAAUAUUAUUAUGGCUCUAGUGAGACCACUUUCUCCAAAAGGAUUCCCCGCCCCCGACCCAAAUAAUGUUUGCUUAAAGCAAAAUAGAAAAAAGGAAGAAAGUGUUGGGCAAAAUGUACCAUUGAGGUAGAGGGAAAUCUCUCCUCCCUUCUUUCUGAAAGUGAUGUUCCUUAUGAAUAUGCAUUUUAUUCAUCAUGAGUUUGUUCUAAAAAAAUUUACAAACUUCAGAUUUGAAAAAAAUUCCACUGAACUUUAAAGAUACAAUGUUUGUACUUCCAAUUUUAAAUGCCUUUGAGAUUAAAAUGUAGAUUUGCAGGACCCAGAAACUUAAAAUAAUUAAAAACUUAAAAGGGCACAUAAUGUGUUGGUUGGGCUUGCUCUCAGUUAAUGAAAACUGAUUGCAAAUGGAUGUCAUGUUUCAUACCUUUUUUAUCAGGAAAAAAGCAGCAAGCCUUCAGGUGUUCCAGUGAUGCCUGACACAAUGAGCUGGACUUUAUGCUGCUCUUUACAGUAAGAGGUGUUGCAUUUUUUGUGGGGACUUUGUGCACUGGCGACUAAGACAGUGACCUCAACAAUAUUAGCUUUGCACAAACCAUAGCAAACAAUGUUGGAUGACUACAUAAUUAAUUGUAACAUUCUGGCAGCUAAAUUGCUACAAAAGUUUCUUCUUGCAGAAGCUUAGAAUAUAAAACUUUGAAUAAUUUACUCAGAACAGUAUAACUUCUGACACACACAAAUGCUUGCAUCUUUAUUCAUGUGUUCAUCUAUCCAAUUCUCUUCACUUAGCUGUUUCUCAAGAUGAUGUUCAGCAGUGGCUGCUUAGAAAUACUUUCAAGCUAGUUCUUGAAGACAGUUUUUUUAAUGUACACCAUUGUUAAGGAUUUGGUUGCAUGUUAAGUCCAUUAGACAUUGCCCUUUCAGUUUCUUUUCAUCUCUGAUUUUGUUAAACAUGCUCUUCCUUAUAUCCCCUGCCUUUUCCUGCAUUCAUUCCCUCUCACCCCAGCACAUCUACUCAGUGGUGCUGUGCUGUGUGUCAGAAGAUAAAAGCAGGUGUAUUAUUGUAUAAUGAAUUUUGUAUACAUGUUUCUGAAAUGGUGAAAUCAGCUAAAGGAGGUAUGUUUAUAAUAGUGUUUAUUAUCAGGAGCUAUGUCCCAGGAAAAAAGGGGGACAAAUGGCUAUAGUUGUGAAUGGAUAACAUCUUUUAGAAAGCCAAGUUUACUGUUCAUGUGAACAGUUACCUGGACUAUUAGAUCUAUAUGCUGGAGAACAUCUCCUGAUUCCACUUAACUUUUCUCCUUGUGAACAGUUCACUGGUGCCAUGCUGAAGAGAAAGACAUAUAAGUGAUAACAUGAAUGAAGUCUUAAAAUAUAAAAUAUUUUUACUUCUAUAUAAUCUAAAGACUACAUCGUGCAUCUUUUGUAACACUGUCUCUUGUCAUGAUAAACACUGAAAUAGCAUGUUAAACAGUUGCCUAUACUUUUAAUAUAAUCAGUUGGGGAAAACUGGCCUUUCCCCCCACUGUAUGAUUGUUCCUUCAAAGGUAAAUUGCUGAUUUUAUACUGUGUAAUUCUAUUCUUCACAAAAUAGGUUUCACUAUUCUAUGUUAAACUGUUGGUCAGAAAAUGAUCUGCUUUUCAAGUAAGUUUGCUUUACUCUUUUCUUUAAAAAAUAUUUUAACACGUCUUGUUUACUAUUGUUAUUAAUAAGCUAACACAGAUAAAAUUUUCAUUUUUUCACAGAUGAAACCUUGCAUAACUAAUCUUUAGUAUGGGAUGAUUUUGAUACUAUGUGGGGGUUUUGCACUGGAUAUUAAAAAUAUUGGCACAAUGUAUUGGAAGAAAAUUAGUAUCUUGUUUGAUUUUCAAUAUUUGGGGACAUUUUUAAAAUCAGUGUUUCAAUUAAACUAUAAAAAUUCUAUAUACAUUUUAAAAGAAACAUCUAUCAAACUGUGUAAAUUUACAUAUAUUUUCAUGAAAUAAGAAUAAAGUUUCUUUGAGUUAACAAGGGAAAAGAAGUCUGGAUCCGUUAGGUUAAGGGUAAUUCAUCCAGUGUAAGAGUAACCACAGUGUAUGAGCUAAAAAAAAAAAAAUUAAUAAAUAAUAAACUUCUUUAUAUUCUGUGAAGCUUUAAAAGAAUAAUUCAGGGGAUACUGAUUAUAACUGCUACUCUGUUAGUCAUUGUUCCCAUAUGCAGUAAAAUUUUAUGAUCCUUUAUAAAUGUGUUUAUAAAAGUGUUCACAAUAGUUCAAAAUAUUUUUUUCCUUGGACAAAAUAAUUCCAUGCUAUUAUGUUUUUGUUUUAGUAUAGCUUAAGUAUUUACUCUUAAACUCUAGAAUAUAUCUAAAUCUUUUCUUUGGUUUUUCCCUCUUCUUUCAAGUAGAUAAAUCUGUGCCCUCACAUAUAAUGUAUUUGAUUUUUGGGAAAUUUAAUGCUAUAGUAAAUCCAGUGUGUGAUUUAAAGUAAUCAGACCACUUUGAUUCUUUAAGUUUUUACAAUUUCCUUUCCCACAUAAUUAUGGAGAAAAUAAUUACCAAUUACCUGAUAAUAAGCACGCUGUCCUCUGCUGUAAAAAGUCUGAAUAGAUACUGUGUAUGUUUUUAUGUCCAUGAACUUGAGCUACUCGUGUGCAAUUAUGUGUAUGGGAAUGGAGUAGUGUUCAUGAUUUGUAUCUACAUCAUCAUAUGGAUGUAUAUUUAUUAAUAAAGUCAUUACUUUAAAACCAA